CACCUACCAAGCAUUGCAUAUUCCAAGUACAUCAACAUGACCACCAGCCGUCCUCACAACAUCCUAAUCACCGGAGCCUCAGGCUACCUGGGCGGAACUCUCCUCUCCCGCUGGCAAACAGCCCUAUUGCCCUCCCACGGCACCCUGUAUGCUCUCGUGAGAACCGAGCAACAAAGCAAAGCCGUGCAGCAAUACGGCGCAACUCCAUUAUAUAUGAGUCUGGAUGAUGACAAGAACAUUAUCCAGACCAUCGUCGAACAUGAAAUCUCCAUCAUCUACUUCCUCAUCGACGCCGCCAGCGCCCGCACUCAAGUACCCAUGAUCCAGGCUCUCGGCCAUGUGCGCGAGCGUACCGGAAAAAGCGUCCAUUUUCUGCAUACUUCUGGUGCUAAGCUAUUCAGCAGUCAUGCUGGACAUCCGACCGAUCGUGCAUUCUCAGAUGCUGAUCCAGAACUGUAUGAAAUGCAGAGGACUGCCAAGCCGUCGCAUCCAUGGCUUGGGCCGGCUUUGGAAGCGAAUAACACCGUAAUUGCUACUGCAGAAGCACAUGGAGUGCGCAGUUACAUCUUCAUUCCGUGUGUGGUCUACGGCCCGGGAGAAGGGUUCGGGAACCGCAUCUCCAUCCAGACGGUCGCGAUUGUCAGGGCGGCUUUGAAAGCGAGGCACGUGUAUCGUGUGGAUUCGGGACGGCCUGUCUGGCCCGUCGCUCAUAUCCAGGACACCGUCGGUCUGUAUCUGGAUCUGCUUCGGAAAAUGCUCCUAGAGGAAACACUGGAUUCGGGUCGACAAGGGUACUACUUGGCUGCCUCGGGCACUGUGGCUUGGGAUGAUUUGUAUAGUGCUAUGGCGCAAAGGCUGGCGGAACGAGGAGUAAUUGAGGAUGCUACGGUGGGGGAUGCCAACGAUGCUGUCCUAAAGCUGAUAGGUGAGGCGCUGAGUCGUCCGAAGGACUUUGUGCCUGUAGAAUUGGGCGGAGGAUGUGUGCUGGAUGCGCAGCAUGGUCGACAGCUUGGCUGGCGGCCUCGGUAUAGCCCCGAGCAUGCUCUCACCACGGCAAAGGACGAGGUAGAUUGGAUCUUGGAGCAUCUGGACCGGACUUAA